AAGGAACCAUCAAGCCAGUCGCAGCUCACGCCUCUGACGUCGGCCAUGUUUGUUGACAGACGCUGAGGCCGGCACCACACUCGCGAGCAACAGCUGUCAACUAUCGUCAAAGGGGACCCGAAAUCGCCACCCUGAAAGAAGAAGCCAUGGCAGACAGUGAUGAUGAGUAUGAGCGACGUAGACGGGAUAAAUUUCGUGGAGAGAGAUCAGAGUAUACAAGCAGCAGCAGCACCAGAGACCGCAGAGAUGACAGUAGGCGAGGAAGGGAUGACUGGGCCGACAGAGGCCGUGAUAGUUGGGGUAGCAGGGAACGCGGUUCCUCGCGUCGGGAAUAUGGCAGGGACUAUGGAAGGUCCCGUGACCGCUAUUCCCCUGGAAGACAUGACAUGUCUCCUCCCAUUAAGCGGAUGAGGCAGGACUGGGACGACCGAAGGUAUCCAUAUGAGAGCAGCGGUGGUGGGGCAGGAGCAAAUUAUGGGGCCUAUGGAGGUAGCUACGGGCAGGAUUAUGGCCAUCCAUCUGGUCAUGCUGGUGGUGGUGGAAGGUUAGAUGAGCUGGGCCCUACGCAGCCACCAAUGAUGACUUUCAAAGCCUUCAUGGAGCAGUGUGACGACUCCAUCUCGGAGGAGGAGGCACUGAGGAAGUAUUCAGACUACAAGCUUGAGUUCAAAAGACAACAACUUAAUGAAUUCUUUAUCAACCAUAAAGAAGAAGAAUGGUUUAAGGCCAAGUACCACCCAGAGGAGUGUGUGAAGCGACGGGAUGAGCAGCUGUCAAACUUGAAGAGAAGAGUGUCUGUUUUUUGUGAACUUUUUGAAAUGAGUCGAAUGGAGAAUAUUAGUGUUGAUGCCGAUCAGUCAGACCAACUUCUGAAGCUUUUGGACUCUGUGGUCAUCAAACUGGAAGGAGGCACAGACCUUGAUCUUCAGGUUUUGGACCAAGCGCCUGAGGAGGAUGUCAAGUCUCAGCCAAUUGAAGAAGAAAAGAAGCCAUUUAUUUUGGGAGAGGAUUCUGAUGAGGGUGAAGAGAAGGAGAAAUCAGAAGAGAAGAAUCCUGAUGAACCACUAAAGAUGGACAUGUCAGAAGAACAGAUGGAACUGCAGAAGAAAGCUAAGGAGUACCUUAAACAGAAGGUUAAUGAAGGAGAAAAAGAGACUCGGAAGCGAAAGCACUCUGGCAGUUCUUCCUCUAGCUCAUCAAGUGACUCGGACGACGAGCCCAUGGAGGAAGACUUGAAAGAACCACCACCUCCCGGCAUGGAGAAGGAAGAGGGGGAGAAUGUGGUAGAAGAGAAGCCUGAAGAGGGUGAGGAGAAGAGCACAGAGGAGGAGAAGAAAGAAAAUGGACUCCAGCCCCCAGGAGAAGAGGAGGAGAAUAAGGAAGAUCUGGAUGAAGAAACCGCUUCUCGGAAUGGGGAGAAAGAGGAAGAUAAAGAUAAGGAAUCCAAAAAAGAUGAAGAGGAGGAGGGUAAGGAAGAAGAACAGAAACCUAGGGCACUCCACAAAACAGCAUCCAUCUUCUUACGGAAUUUGGCUCCAACAAUAACCAAGCAGGAAGUUGAAGCGAUGUGUCGGCGAUAUAAUGGAUUUUUGCGAGCUGCCAUUGCAGACCCUCAACCAGAACGCAGGUGGUUCAGACGUGGAUGGGUAACAUUCAGGAGAGACGUCAACAUUAAAGACAUUUGUUGGAACCUAAAUAAUAUUAGACUGAGAGACUGUGAACUUGGGGCUAUUGUCAAUCGAGAUCUGAGCCGUCGCAUUCGCACUGUAAAUGGAAUCACUUCUCACCGCAGUGUUGUCCGUUCAGAUAUCAAGUUAUCAGCCAAGAUUAUCCAGAACCUUGAUUCUCGUUGGGGAUUAUGGAUUGAGGCAGCUGAGAGCCUGGACAAUGCAGUAAGACUUCAUUCAUUGUUGCUGAGCCUGACUUCCUCGUCAAACCCUGUGCUUCGGAACAUAACUGACUACUUAAUAGAAGAGGCCAGUGCAGAGGAGGAGGAAUUACUUGGCGCUAAUGACGCAUCAGCCAACAAUAGUGAGGAAAAGGCAGAGGGAGAAGCAAUUGAAAGAGAUCCUAGUCUGAUUAAGGUAUUGGAUAGAUUACUUCUUUACUUGCGUAUUGUGCAUUCAGUGGACUAUUACAAUCAUUCUGAAUACCCCAAUGAAGAUGAAAUGCCCAAUAGGUGUGGUAUCAUGCAUGCCCGUGGCAUACCACCCUCAAGUAAAGUAACACCUCAAGAAGUACAAGAUUAUUGUAGAGCCUUUGAAAACAAGAUUGGAUCAUUCCUGCAACCAUUGACCAAACUUAGCGAUGAUGAAUCAAAGAAAUUAGGUCUGAAAGAGGCAGAGGAAGAGGUAGAGAAGUUUGUCCAGUCCAACACUCAAGAGGUAGCCAAGGACAAGUGGCAGUGUCCCCUCUGCGGGAAGAAGUUCAAGGGUGCAGAGUAUGUGCACAAACACAUCCUCAUCAAGCAUGCUGAGAAAGUCAAGGAGGUCAAAAAAGAGGUGGAUUACUUCAAUAAUUAUCUCAGAGAUCCAAAGAGACCUCAGCUGCCAGAAUAUCCUGGGAAUAAGCAUGGUGGCAGAAAGGAUGACCGGCCUGACCCAUAUGUUGCAGCCUAUCCCCAGCAGGCACCUGGGUAUGGUGCCUAUGGUGGAGCAUAUGGUAGGCAGUACCCAGCAGCACCUGGAUACGCUUAUGGUAGUAGCUACCCCAAAGAUUACUAUGCAGGACGUGGUGACCACUACGCUCGUGAACCCUAUGCCAGGCCACGUGUAACUUACAGGUCACGGUCGGGCGACCCGCGGGAAGUCAUUGGCUACCAUGACUUGGAUGCUCCCGAUGAUACAGAUCUCUUUUAACCUUGACGCCGCCUGCCCAAUUGUACGCACCGUUCCAAAUAUGAGGGUUGGAUAUAGGGACCUUGAUGCACCCAAGGAAGACUACUAGUUCCUCAAGACUAAUUGAAUAUUGUGGACCUUCAAGUCAAAGCCAAGUGUGUUCACUGUUGAGCAGUUAUGUAACAGCAACGACAAAGAACUAACGAUAUCAGCAUCAUUGAUUUAUCUUCCUGCGAUGGAAUGUGACUUAUGAAUCAUUGUGAAAUGGUUAGAAUUAGGUUUAUGAAGAUCUUGCCAAAUUGACUUCAACUUGAGAGCUGGUGGACUUCAUUGUACCAGAUAUUGCCUUUACACAUUGUCUUCAUGUUAGGAUUUUUGUAAAGAAGUCAAGUGUGUGAUUUACACUGAACAAAUAUUUGGCUUGUUCAUCUUGGGGGUUUAUUACAGACUUCUAUUCAUGGAUAGUAUAGCUUCAUCCUUGCAAUGUCUUUUAAUAUAUUUUGUAUUAUCAUCAGUGUAUUAUUGUUAAUAUACCACCAGUACCAUUUCCAUUACCUUUUUGAAUAACACUUAUUUGGGCUGCAGUGUUUGUAUAGUUCAUAUAGUUCAUAAAUGGUGAAUAUUUUUAUUGUGACAAAUGUCAGAUUAUUCUGGUUGGACUCUAUCAGAACUAAAUUUGGUUUUAGUUUUCAGUUAUUUGUGUAUUGAUUCAUAUAAUGAACAACUCUUUUCAUU